AUGUCCUCACUGCUGCUGCACGGGUUCACGGUUCCAAUGACUGACGGGUCGGUGGACCCCAACACAAAUACCAUCGUGGCUCCUAUAAGCAACAAGCCCAAGCUGGGCUCGACGCCCGGCCGGGGCGCCAGCGGCGGUGGCCUGGGCAAGUCAUCCGGGGGCAAGAGUGGCUCCUCAGGCUUCGGCAAAUCUUCAUCCGCGGGAUUCGACGGAAAGUCUUCGUCAUCAAGCAAGAAACCCGUGACCCUAGGAUCACUGUCAUCCAGCAGUAAUUCAACCAGCACACUCCCUCUUGGCAGCUCCUCGAAAUAUGUUUCAGCCAGUAGCUACAGUAGCCCUAAGAGCAAAACGAAAUUCGGGAUCAUAUGGAUACCAACCAAACGCCACAAUAAAAAGAAGGACAUGGUCUUUAAUCCACAUCGUGAUGAUCGCAUGAGAGAGCGGUCGCCUUCUAUGUACAAUCUUAUGUCUGGAGAUUCUGAUCAUCACAAGAGGAGAGAUGAAGAACCUGCAUUACUCGUGCCAGAUAAAGUGAAGCCCACCCCAGUACCUACCUUGGUGACCACAGGAACUAUUGCAGCUGAAGCCGCUGUCACUGACUCUGUAGCAUCAACCAGUCCAAAUGAGAAAACAGAGUUUAUUCAACGUGAUAGCAAAGAAGCAACAGGAGACUCCAAUGAUAAAGAUGAGAAGGAAUACCUGGACAAUAAGGACAGCAAUAAAAUGGAUGCAGAAGACGGGGAAUGUAAAUAUGAAAAGAAUAAAAUUGGAGACAAGGUAGACAGUGUGUACCUGAGGCCCCCACCGCCGCACAAAGUCAGGUCCACCACUUCCACUGCCAAUGAUGAAGAAGACUGUGGUAUUAAAUGUCUUUACUACACUUUACAAUGCUGUGAUUGUGUCCUCAUGUAACCAUGUACUCAAAUAUCUGUGUUUGUGCUUAACUUGCUACUAUUCUUAGACCUGUCUACUAUGCUUAACAGAAUUUGGUUCCAGUACAUUAAUAAUAACAUUCAAUUGGAAAAAAAAAAUCCUUAUCUGAAACAUAAGACAGAUAAGGCAUUCAUUAGAUGACUGUUUCGGAGUAUAUUUUUUUGAAUCUCAAAUUAUAGGGGCAUACCUCUAAUUAAGGUAAAAAUUGUUUAUAAACAAUGACCUUAUGAAUUAUACAGUGUUUAGUAUUAGUUUUAUAUUAUAUUGUAGGAUUAUAUUAUAAAAGUAAUAGGACGUAGACUUAUACUUAACAAUUUAUAACUUACUCAAAACUUAUCCAAUAAAAUUAUAAUAGGUAUUGUUAAGAUAAAACAAAACUUGAAUUUUGGUGGUAUUAAAAACAAUGAAUUGUUAGCCUUAAUUGAAGCAUUUCACUUUGUAUUCUGAGUGAUAUGAGCUCAUUCACUAGUGCUAUUUUUAGGAACUCUUUCUAGUUGUUUAUAUCUUGACUACAUUUUUUUACCUUCACAUCUGUAAUCUCUAAGAAACAUUCCUUUUUGGGUUGUGUUUACUGAUUCAUUAUAUACAUUCCCUAUCUUAUUUUAUUAUGACAGACUUUAUGUUCUCUAUCAAAUAAUUGUAUCUACAUUUUAAUUGUAAAUUUAACUACUUUUAAAUAUGUCAUACAAAUUUAUAAAUUACUCCUCACCAUUAUAAUCCUAAUCUUGCCAAUGCAAAUUUUAAAGUUAAAAUAUUGUGCCUACUAAACUGCGAUUCAAGUUACUUGACCAUAAAUCGCAACACAAUAAUGGCAAUAGCCGCUAGUGAGACAAAAAUUAAUGUCACACCAACGAAACUUUGGGAUAAACGGCUGAUUUAUGCAUAGACUACUUGACUGACUAACUAAACAUUUGAUUAGAUUAUACAAGUUUUAGUAUACAUCUAACAAAAACAUAAAUAUAAACUAAGACAGGGUCUAUUAUUAGAUUUAUUAUGUCCACUCAUAACCCACGAAAGACUCAACUGAUUUGACAAAUAUGUACUAUGCCUAGGUAAUAAUUUAUAUUAAAUAUACUUACAUAAUAUUUUUAUAAUGAACUUUUAUAAGUACCUAGAUUUAUAUAAAAAAAAGGGAUAAGAUUUAUUUUGAUACAGGAGUAUUAAUAGUUUGUUUACAAUUAUUUCGGAUUUUUGGAUAAACAAAAAUAUCAUACUUUUUACUAGGUAACUUGCAUACCGAAUUUAUAGUGUGCCAUACAUUUCAAUAUCCUACAUUAACCAAUGGUACCUAGUGUUAUCACCAUCUCUUGUAAGAAUAUUAUUAAAUGUAUACUAUAAUCCAAAAAUAUUUUAAUCUUAUUACAAGACCGUUUCAAUUUAUUAAACUGUAGAAGGUUUAAGACUGCUUUCCCAUUCCCAGUGGGCUUACUAUUCGCCUGUUACUAAAGCUGUAAAUUGGGUAGGUACAGUGAGCGCAAAAGUAGCAACUAAUAAAUAUAUGUUACUUUUAAAAACAAGGAGGUUCUCAUAUUAAGCCAGGCCCAGACAUGUAUCCUUUUCCCGAUCUUAUCACCGUACCGUAUCUGCGUAUUGUUUCAAGUGCCGUAUAAAGUUGUGGCCGCCUUCGAUUUACUCUAUCCUUAUCUUCACAAUAGUCAUAAUUCAUUUGAUGAUCGAACAAAAACCACGACGUAUCUAUACGAGUAUCAUUAACCGUCCACAUAUGCAAUCAUGAUCCGCGUCGAAGAUACGGAUACGGUGAUCGGAUCGUGGAAAUGAUACAUGCCUGGACCCAGCUUUAUGGUACCUACGACUUUCGCAAAAAACUAGAAAAUAAACGUGUCAACUUUAAAA